CUGAAUUACAAAAAGCAUCGAAUGCAGGGAGUCUUCAUGAUUUUGUUAUGAUCACAAACAUGGCAAAACUUGAUUUGAUCAAGCCAAUUCCCAUCGCGCAGUCACGUUUACUAUAGUUUGGUGAGUUCCUGAUCAGCUGAUUCACUAGGAAGAACCCAAACACGCAUAACAAUCCCUUCCGGAAUAAUGCCCAGGGACGUACAAUAAAUCCCAACAUUUGUGUAAAACGCAUAGUACAGCACUCAGAGGACCUAUUAGAAUUGCAGCUACCGGGCUCUGACACGGUGCUGGAGGUGUUCAGUGUGUUGCCGAGGACGAGGUGGAGAGGGUGAUGGCCAAGAAGCUGAAGAGAGCCAAGAAGAAGGCCAGGAUGCAGAGGAGGAGGACACCCCAGAGCCUGUGGUGGAGAGGAAACUGGCAAAUGAGAUUAUGGGUGGACUGCCUGCUGUGUGCGGGUGGGGAGUUGAAGGUAGCCAUGCUGCUCCAGAACAACACAGUGGAGACUUACAGCCUCAAGACGACUGACAAGAACCCCACGGGCACUAAGACCUCCAGGAUCACCAUGGGGGACCAGGGUGCCCACACAUUGGCCUUCAGCUCAGACAACAUUGCUGUCCUUUCCGCCUCCGGGGACACUGUCAAAGUCUGGAACAGGUCUACCCUGCAGGUAAUUCGCACCAUGGCGUGUGAGUACGCCCUCUGCUCCCUGUUCGUCCCUGGAGACAUGCAGAUCAUCCUAGGAACCAAGAGUGGUAAGAUUCAGAUCUUUUACUUGGCAUCAGGAACCCUCCUGGAGACUGUCGAUGCCCAUAACGGAGCUCUGUGGUCCCUCUGUCUGUCUCCUGAUCAGAGGGGGAUAGUGACGGCGGAGUUUCAGCUGAUUAAGGAUGGAGAGGCUGCACAGAAGAGGCUGACGGUGAAACACAUGUGUACACUGCAGCUGGAUGAGGAUGUGUUGUCUGUGAAAUAUUCUCCUGACCAGAGAUUGUUGGCUGUCUCCCUGCUGGACUGUACCGUCAAGGUUUUCUACACUGACACACUCAAGUUCUUCUCUCUGUAUGGACACAAGCUCCCUGUGCUCUGCCUGGACAUCUCUCAUGACAGUGCCAUGAUAGCAACCGGUUCUGCAGACAGAAACGUCAAGAUCUAGUUUGGGAACUGUCACCGAUCUAUGUUUGCCCACGAUGACAGCGUCAUGUACCUUCAGUUUGUUCCCAACCAUCUGUUCUUCACAGCGGGGAAGGAAAAGAAGAUAAAACAAUGGGAUGCAGUCAAGUUUGAGCACAUCCAGACUCCAGAGGUGACAUUCACUCCCAUGCUGUUACAUUUCCCAUAUGGAGAUGAGGCCGACAGUCAUGACAGCUGUGAGUCUCCAUGUCAAGUAACUAGACUGCAGAGAUGGAGAGGUUGCGUGUGCGUGUGCGUGUGUGUGUGUGUGUGUCUUCAGGCUGAGCUUGUCAUGGAGGCUCUGGAGCUGUACAGCUCAGAGAAAAGGAAAAUGGAGGAGCAUCCCUGCCAGUCAGCCAGCAAACAGUUGCCUCCACCUAAAGUCAAUCUUAUCCUUGCGGCCUUUGGAAACUUGUCUCCGUCUUGCUAUGUCAUUGACGUGAUGAAGAAGGCCCAUUCCAGUGAGCUGGAGGUGUCUCUGCUGGUCCUGCCGUUCCCCUACGUCCCAGACCUGCUGUCUCUCUUCAACCGCUAUGUCCAGGAUGGCCUGGAGGUCGAGCUAGUGUGCCACUUCUUUCUGCUCAGGGUCCACUUUGGCCAGAUCUCCAGUAACCGGAUGCUGCCAACCGUCAUAGACGAGCUAAGAAGCAACACCAUCUCUAAAGUCUGAGAGUUCAGGUGCUGGUUGCCAGUUUCUCCAGAGGGAGGUCGAGAGCAAAGAGGACAUCAUGUUCUUUGCCGAUGCCGCCUCGAUGAGAAGCGAGGGAGAGAAGAGAGCUAUACUCACCAUCGCCUGAAUCACUCUCUCUCUCUCUAGAGGCUGGUGGGAGGACCUAUAGGAGGACGGGCUCAUUGUAAUUGCUGGAAUGGAAUUAAUGGAACAGAGUCAAACAUGUCAUUUCCAUAUGUUUGUUUGAUACCAUUCCAUUCCAACCAUGACAAUGAGCCCGUCCUUCUAUAGCUCCUCGCACCAGCUUCUUUAGAUAUCUACCCCAAAUCAUGACUAGUAGGCUACUGCAGGCAAGGCCUUUAGCAGAGAUUUACACUGUUAGUUUUAUAUUUCAACUGUUAUAGGAUCCUGAUAGAGCAUAACACUGUUGUUCAAUGACAUGCUUCAUUUCCCAAAUAAACUGUGUCUGAGUUACUCA